GAAAAGAAAAUCAAUGCCCAAACCAAACGGGUCCCCAUCUCCAAUUUCUCUCUCCGCUCCAUCUUCUCCAUAUCUCUUCUUAUUUGUUCUUCACACUGCUACCCUCAUAUUCCAUUUCAUCAUCACUUUGAAGCAGUGGAGCAGCUGCUUGUUUGGAACACAUGAAUUAGAGGUUGAUUACAAGAUUGGACGCAGUUUAGUUAGACAGCUUAUAGGAAACGUUUCUUGAUGGGGGGUAUAUUGAGUGCUAAUAAUAACAAGGUUAGCUCGAGUCAACUCUGCGAUAUUUCGCAGAUUGAAACAUGCAAGAGGCAGAGGACGUCAUCGAGCUUUUGGGAGGAUAAUCCACGAUUAAUCCCCAGCCUUCCUGAUGAAAUAUCACUUCAGAUAAUUGCUCGACUGCCCAGAAUUUACUACUUGAAUGCAAAGUUAGUGUCACGCAGCUGGAAAGCCGCAAUUUUGAGUCCAGAACUUUAUAGGUUAAGAAAAUACCUUGGGACUACAGAGGAGCACCUCUAUAUUCUGACUAAGGUUGAUGGCGAUAAGCUUGUGUGGAAUGCUUUGGACCCGAUGUCCGGGAAAUGGCAAAGGUUACCACCAAUGCCUAAUGUCGGUAUUGAAGAUGGAUCAAGAAGGGGUUUCUCUGGACUUAAGGUGUGGAACAUGGUAGGUUCAAGCACUAGAAUUGCAGAUGCCAUACGAGGUUGGCUUGGGAGAAAGGAUGCAUUGGAUCAAAUUCCAUAUUGUGGAGGUGCUGUCGGAGCAGUUGAUGGCUGCCUCUAUGUCCUGGGUGGAUUUUGCAGGGCUGCAGUCAUGAAAAGUGUAUGGCGAUAUGAUCCAAUUCUAAAUGCGUGGAGUGAAGUGAGUCCCAUGUCUACCUGUAGAGCUUAUUGCAAGACAGGUGUUUUAAACAAUAAGCUUUAUGUUGUUGGAGGUGUAAGUCGAGGUCGUGGUGUAUUGAGUCCUCUUCAAUCUGCUGAAGUUUUUGACCCUCGUACUGGAAUAUGGUCUGAAGUCCCUAGCAUGCCAUUUUCAAAAGCUCAGAUGAUGCCAACUGCUUUCCUAGCUGAUAUACUCAAGCCUGUUGCAACUGGGAUGACUUCCUAUAGAGGGAAAUUAUACGUUCCUCAGAGUUUGUUUUGCUGGCCCUUUUUUGUUGAUGUGGGAGGUGAGGUGUAUGAUCCAGAAACAAAUUCAUGGGUUGAAAUGCCAAUGGGCAUGGGAGAAGGUUGGCCUGCAAGGCAGGCUGGAACCAAAUUGAGCGUUAUCGUUGAUGGAGACUUGUAUGCACUCGAUCCAUCUAGUUCUUUAGAUAGUGCGAGGAUCAAAUUUUAUGAUCACCGAGAUGACACUUGGAAAGCAGUCAGAGGAGAUGUACCCAUUCGUGACUUAACUGAUUCUGAUUCUGAGUCUCCUUAUCUACUUGCCGGCUUUCUUGGGAAACUGCAUGUAAUCACUAAAGAUGCAAACCAAAAUAUCUUGGUCUUGCAGGCUGAUAGGCGAAAUCAAUUAGCUUCCCAAUCAGCCUCUUCUGUUAGUUUAGAUGAAUCCUCCAAGGAAGAGCUCUCUGGACCACUGGCUGGAUCAGAAGCCAUUCUUUGGAAUGUUAUUGCAAACAGGAGUGCUGGAUCUGCUGAGCUGGUCAGCUGUCAGAUCCUUGAUUUUUAAUGAAAGUAAGGCUAUGGUUAUUCUUGCUUUACUAUGGCCAUCUUCUGUAGGUAUAUGUUUGAUGAAUUUGACUUUGACACGCCUGUCAAAUCAAGAUAUCAGGGCCACUGAAGAAGCUGUUAUAUCUUGUUUAUCUAUGCAACUUAGAUUGGGCAAGUGUUAAUGUAUAUGGUUCGGGAAACAUGUAUUGCACGGGAUGAUUUGUUAGUUUAAUUUGAAAAUGAUCAAAUGAUCCAUCAUGUGAGUAAUUUAUUAUCAAUGUUGAUGGUUAUUAUACCUACAUAAAUCAGACAGUGCAAAUCUACAUUAUUAUCUCUUUAGUA